AUGCACUACUGCUGGGGCGACAACUCUUCGGGGCAGCUGGGGAUCCGGGCAGCGCGGAGAGGCAAGGCCAGGACAGUGAGAUGCCGGCCGGGAGCCAGCCUGGGCAGCGAGCGCUUACUGCAGGCUGCUUGCGGGGAGCGCCACUCACUGCUGCUGCUGUCCGACGGCACCGUCUGGUCCUGCGGGAACAACAGCUGCGGGCAGCUGGGCAGGAAGAAAUGCCUGAACCGUGACAGACCAGCACCAGUUCAGGCACUGGAAACUCAGGACAUUGUUUCUGUCAGCUGUGGGAAAGAACACUCUUUGGCCAUUUGUAAAAAAGGAAGAGUCUUCUCAUGGGGAUCUGGUUCCGAAGGACAAUUGGGCAUCAGUGAAUUUAAGGAACUAAGUCCUAUACCAAAGAAAAUUGGUGAACUUUCCAGUAUCAAAAUAAUCCAAGUUUCUUGUGGACAUUAUCAUUCCAUAGCAUUGGCACAAGAUAGCAGAGUAUUUUCAUGGGGAAAAAACAAUCACGGUCAACUAGGUCUGGGGAAAACUUUUCCCUCCCAAGCCAGCCCGCAGUGGAUAAAAUCUCUUGAUGGCAUUCCUCUGGCUCAGGUUGCAGCAGGAGGUGCCCACAGCUUUGCCCUCUCUCUCUCUGGUACUUCCUAUGGUUGGGGAAGGAAUAAUGCAGGCCAGCUGGCCCUCAGCAGCAAGAAGGAAUCAGUUGAACAAAUCUACAAACCUUAUUCCAUUGGUGAACUGAAAAGGCUUCAAGUAACAUACAUCAGCUGUGGGGAUGAGCAUACGGCUGUCCUCACCCAGGAUGGUAAAGUGUUCACUUUUGGAAGCAAUAACUCUGGACAACUAGGACAUCAACUAAUUUCUGGGAUAAAGGGUCCUCAGAUUGUGGAUUCAGCUAAUAUUGUGUUUUCUCAAAUAGCUUGUGGAAGUUAUCACACUCUGGCAUAUUCCUGUACCACUGGCCAGGUAAUAUCUUUUGGUUGUGGAUCUCAAAGAGACCUGACUAGCCCUUUGCAACCAGGUGAUGCAGUACAGAACUUCAAUAUUAGCAACCUUAUUUCUUCUAAUGACUUUACAGAUGUUCAAGUGAAAGACAUUUUUGCUGGAGCAAAUGCCAACUUUGUGACCACUGUCCAGGCAAAGGAUACUAGUUCUUCAGAUGCUAUGGGGAGAAGUCUACAGCAAAUCAGCCAAAUUAACCAAACUCUGAUUAAGAAAUGGACCACGGCAAAAACUGGAAGUAAAGAAUAUGAGGAGUCAAAAAGGGAAAUUUGUGAGAUAUUUUCGUCUCCUGCUUGUCUGACUGCAAGUUUUUUGAUGAAAAGAACUGGAAAUACUCAUCCUAAUGAUGUCGACCUACAAAAGAUGAGAGACACAUUUGAGGAAUUGACUCAGAAGGCCUGGAUUACAGACAUGAUAACUACACGUCUCCAAUAUUAUCUGCUCAAAGCCCUUCCGUUAGAUUCUCCACAUAAGGAUGCUUUAUCAAUCUUUCUUCUGCUCCCCGAAUGUCCUAUAAUGCAAAGUCCUAGGAACUGGGAGUCUCUAGUGGUCCCAUUUGCAAAGGCUUUUUGUAAAAUGAGUGACCGUUCCUCAAGAGUCUUGGAGGAAUGUUGGGCAUCACUGGAAGAAUCCUCUUUCAAAUCAUUGAUCAAGAUGGUCAAAAGAAGCAUCUGCUCUCAAAUGGCUUUUUGGACUGAAAGGGCCCAGGACCACUGUAAUAUCAAAACUCUCCUUAGAAUGCUGAAGAGGCUUCACGUGGUAAAUGAGAAGGCUAAAUGUAAAGUUCCAGAGAGUGAAUUCUACAUUAUUGAACUCUAUAAUUGGCUUAAUUUUUUGGAAGACCUAAGAAGAUUCUUUUUUUUCAAAAUGCAUCCUGAGUCUUUGGUUGAAGCCGACAGUCCUGUCAUAUUUACUCAUUUUCCUUUUGUCUUUGAUUUUCCUUCCAAAAUUAAAAUACUGGAUGUAAAUUCAGCUGCAAAUUGGGAGGCUGAAAAAUAUGUAACCUUUAUUCAUCACCUGAUAAAUAAAACAAAUGAAUCAAUCACUCCACCUAAACUUUGUCUCAAAGUCAGACGGAGUCACCUGGUAGAGGAUGCCCUGCAACAGUUAUGCCAAGCUGUGGACAAAGACCUUAACAAGCAGUUAUUGGUUGAAUUUAUUGGAGAAAUUGGUCCUUUGGAGGACUUUGGAGGGGUCAGGAAAGAAUUUUUCUAUUAUAUGUUUAAGGAAAUGAUCCAGCCAGAAUAUGGGAUGUUUGUCUAUUCUGAAACAACUUCCCUAAUGUGGUUUCCUACCAAUCCAACAUUAAAAAAAAAAGAUUAUUUCCUCUUUGGAAUACUGUGUGGCCUCUCCAUAGUCCAUGGCAAUGUUGUAUAUCUUCCUUUUCCACUAGCUCUCUUUAAGAAACUUUUGGAUAAAAAACCCUCACUGGAAGACUUGCAAGAAUUGACACCUGAAAUGGGCAACAAUUUGCAGUUACUUCUAGAUGAUAAUGCCAAUGAAGAAGAAUUUUACCUACGUUUUUCUAUAUAUUGGGACAAAAAAGACGUAGACCUAAUUCCAAAUGGAAGCACUAUACAUGUGGACAAAUCCAACAAGAAAGAUUUUGUUUCCAGAUGUAUUGAUUACAUCUUUAACACAUCUGUGAAGGAGCUUUAUAAGGAGUUCCAAAUGGGAUUUUACAAAGUCUGUGAAAAAGAGAUAAUAAACUUUUUCAAGCCUGAAGAGCUUAAGGCAGUGACAAUUGGAAACCCGGAUUAUGACUGGAAAAGUUUUGAAGAGAAUUCGGAAUAUUGCCAAGAAUACCAUAGGUCACAUCCUACCAUUGUGAUGUUCUGGGAUGCUUUCCACAGAUUGUCUCUAGAAGAAAAGAAAAAAUUCCUCCUCUUUCUUUCAGGAAAUGACAGAUUUAACCCAGAAGGAAUAUAUAAUUUUGGAAUAAAAUUUGCCUAUCUUGAAACUUCAAAGGAAGAAGAUCCACCACAAGCACAGACAUGUUUUAAUAUUCUCUUUCUCCCACGAUAUUCUACAAUGGAAAGAGUGGAGAAAGCCCUUCAAAUAGCCAUCAAAAACAACAGAGGAUUUACCUAUUAGCUAUCAUUCAAAUAUUCACAAAAAACUAUUUCAUGCUGAAAUCAUUCCAGUAAAAUGAUUGUGUUAAUUCAAUAUAUUAAUGACUUUUUAAAAAGUGAAAGCAUAAGAGAGAUGAAGAAGCAUUGUAGCUUGCAAGAUAAAUUCUGGGUUUUAAACUUUUUAAGGGCAGGGACUUUAUCCUAAUGAUUAUUGUUUCUUUGACCCUUAGUAUAGUGCUUUUCAUGUAAUCAAUACUUAUUGAUUCUAAGAUGGAACAUAAGGUUUAAAAAAAAAAAGGAGGGAUCAGAGAAGUGGAUUCAGGGAAAGAACAACUUGGAAAGGAUAGAGAAGAGGCCAAGAAGUAUUCAGAAAAUAAAAAGUUUGGCUGAAAGAGUGAAAAGUUCUUAAGGGAUCUAACCCAGGUUUUAUCAUACGGGAAGGAGAUUAGCCUAUUUGAUUUUGUGCACAAAAUUACUUGGUAGGUGUGAAUUUUUAUUUUUGCCUUUGCCACACAUUCAUCUCAAAUUAUGAUAUAUAAUCAUAGAUCAUUAUUCUAUUUAGAUUACUGAUCCACUAGAAUGACAGCUUUUUAGUGUAAAAGUUCUGGCACAUUUAUGUCUCAAUAAAAAUUUGCAUUUAAAGAGUAUUUGUACUUAGUAAACAUUUUCUUUACAACAACCCCAUAAAGUAGA